AUGCGACGGUGCGAACACCGCGGCUUCUUUCUCCCCGCCUGCACCCCUGGGCUUGCGCGGGUCUGCUGUUUUGUCGUCCACAAGCGGUGCCAUGAAUUUGUCACUUUCUCCUGCCCAGGCGCUGACAAGGGUCCCGCCUCUGAUGACCCCCGGAGCAAACACAAGUUUAAGAUCCACACAUACUCCAGCCCCACGUUUUGUGACCACUGUGGGUCGCUGCUGUAUGGACUCAUCCACCAGGGGAUGAAGUGUGACACCUGCAUGAUGAACGUCCACAAGCGCUGCGUGAUGAAUGUCCCCAGCCUCUGCGGCACCGACCACACAGAGCGCCGUGGCCGCAUCUACAUCCAGGCGCACAUCGAGAGGGAGGUCCUCACCGUCCUGGUAAGAGAUGCUAAAAACCUGGUACCCAUGGACCCCAAUGGCCUGUCAGAUCCCUAUGUGAAACUGAAACUCAUUCCUGACCCCAAAAGUGAGAGCAAACAGAAGACCAAAACUAUCAAGUGCUCCCUCAACCCCGAGUGGAACGAGACAUUCAGAUUCCAGCUGAAGGAAUCGGACAAAGACAGGAGACUGUCCGUGGAGAUCUGGGAUUGGGACCUGACCAGCCGGAAUGACUUCAUGGGAUCUCUGUCGUUUGGGAUUUCUGAGCUGCAGAAAGCUGGUGUCGAUGGCUGGUUUAAGCUGCUGAGCCAGGAGGAGGGCGAGUACUUUAACGUGCCCGUGCCGCCAGAGGGAGGCGAGGGCAAUGAGGAGCUGCGGCAGAAAUUUGAGAGGGCCAAGAUCGGCCAGGCACCCAAGACUCCGGAAGAAAAGACGACCAACACCAUAGCCAAAUUUGACAACAAUGGGAACAGGGACCGCAUGAAGCUGAGUGAUUUUAACUUCCUGAUGGUGCUUGGGAAAGGCAGCUUUGGCAAGGUCAUGCUCUCGGAGCGAAAAGGCACGGAUGAGCUCUACGCCGUGAAGAUCCUGAAGAAGGAUGUUGUGAUCCAGGACGAUGACGUUGAGUGCACCAUGGUGGAGAAGCGGGUGCUGGCCCUGCCCGGGAAGCCGCCCUUCCUGACCCAGCUGCACUCCUGCUUCCAGACCAUGGACCGCCUGUACUUCGUGAUGGAGUACGUGAACGGCGGGGACCUCAUGUACCACAUCCAGCAGGUCGGCCGCUUUAAGGAGCCUCACGCCGUGUUUUACGCUGCAGAAAUCGCCAUCGGCCUGUUCUUUCUGCAGAGCAAGGGCAUCAUUUACCGUGACCUAAAACUUGACAACGUGAUGCUGGAUUCCGAGGGCCACAUCAAGAUCGCUGACUUUGGCAUGUGCAAGGAGAACAUCUGGGAUGGGGUGACGACCAAAACAUUCUGCGGGACUCCAGACUACAUCGCCCCCGAGAUCAUUGCGUAUCAGCCCUACGGGAAGUCGGUGGACUGGUGGGCAUUCGGAGUCCUGCUGUAUGAGAUGCUGGCCGGGCAGGCGCCCUUCGAAGGGGAAGAUGAAGACGAGCUCUUCCAGUCCAUCAUGGAGCACAACGUGGCGUAUCCGAAGUCCAUGUCCAAGGAGGCCGUGGCCAUCUGCAAAGGGCUGAUGACCAAACACCCGGGCAAGCGUCUGGGCUGCGGGCCCGAAGGCGAGCGCGACAUCAGGGAGCACGCGUUCUUCCGCUACAUCGACUGGGAGAAGCUGGAGCGCAAAGAGAUUCAGCCCCCGUACAAGCCCAAAGCCUGUGGGCGAAAUGCUGAAAACUUCGACCGGUUUUUCACCCGCCAUCCACCAGUCCUAACACCUCCCGACCAGGAAGUCAUCAGGAAUAUUGACCAGUCAGAAUUCGAAGGAUUUUCCUUUGUUAACUCUGAAUUUUUAAAACCUGAAGUCAAGAGCUAAGUAGCUGUGUAGACCUCCGUCCUUCGUUUCUGUCAUUCCAGCUCGACGGCUAUUGUGGUGACAUUUUUUUAUUUUUCAUUGCAAAGUUGCAUCCAUGUUUAUUUGCUGAUGAGACUAGAGUGACCAUGUUCCAGGCCCCAAAUGUCCUCGGUAGUUUGGAGCAUCUCUCCGAAUGGGGUCAUGCAGGUGCCGCUCGUAACACACGUGAUCCACGUCCUCUCACGACUUACGUUCUCUGCCAUGUCCGUUAAGUUGAUCCGUGGGGACAGAAAAUGCCUGCUUUUCCUUUUUCCCCGCAUGGCCAUUUUUAUACAUCUCCCACUCCAGCCAUCCAAUCCAGACCCUGUGCCAGGGAGCGGGGAAUUGGAUGCUGGCGGUGCCCCUUCACUCCCACCCCGGAGCGUGGCUGGCACCCAGUGUGUGGCUGCUUUGACCGAGAGGGAGCCCUCCGUUCUGCCUGGCCUGGAGGCACCGUGAACUUUGAAAAGAAAGUGCUAAAAAUAAAAUUUUAUUUGUUUUUUUUUUAAUUCAAAGUUAAGAAGAUUAUCUGAGCCCUUUCAAAAUUCCAAAACUGCACUUUUACGUAGUUUCAAUCUAAAAGCACCUCGAGGGGUCAAAAGGCAACUAGCUUGGGUGCUGCCUCACAGCCGUGACCUUUGGUCGCCUGCAUCCCGGCCACCUUCACCCCCAAACUACUUGGGGAGGGCAUUUGGCACCACUUCCUGGAGAGACAUGGUCACUCUAGCAAGGUCCCAAAGGACCUUGAUUUUACAUUCCAUUUCAAACUUUAUUUGCUUUGGGAUUUUAUUUCUGUUGUUGUUCAAAUGCAAAAAAAACCAAAAAAAAAACAAAAAAAAUACUCACUUUGUUACUACAUGCUUUGAAAUAUGUGUCCACAUGUCCUAACCACAGUGACUGACUGAUUUUCCAAGCAGACUGCUCUGGGGCCUGGCGCCGGCUGCGCCCGGGCCUGGCUGGCUGUGCGGGUUUUUGGGAAGCGACUCAGGCGUCUGAGGACGACACUGUUUCUCCAGACAGACAGUUGUACUCUGCUCUCUGAUGUUGUUUUGCAAGAUGUUUGUGGAAAUGUUCAUUUGUAUCCGGAUGUGUUACGUGCCAUUUUUUUUCUAGCAUCGAGAUAGUAAAAACAGGAGGAGAGGAAACACUGUUUCAAGGAAAUGGCUCUCUGAGAAACGUGGUCCAGACUACAGGGCGCCCCCGAGGCUUUGGGGCAGAAGGAGCUGCACCCGGAGCUUAAUCUCAGCCCGCGUUCAGCCCGCCAGAGAGGCGAGGCUGAGGACUGAUCGAGGACUCCCGGGGGCCUGUACGGGGCCGGGCGGGCUGGCCAGGGGCCCCCAGUGAUAUCAGAGCCACAGCCCACACUGGGCGCCAGCUACGGGCGUGGCCGGGGCUCUUGACUGUCUCAUCAAAAUCACUACUCCUCCAGCUUGGCUUAAAUGUCCUUUGUAGCGAGCAGCUUUGUGAGGUCCCAGAGGCCUAAGGAUAGCCCUUGGGUAGCGAACAGCUUGGUGAGGUCCCAGAGGCCUAAGGACAGCCCUUGGGUGGGAGAAACCCCGUUUUUUUGUAAACAGGUGAGGACGGCAGUGGUCCCCCAUCCUUGUCUCCUGCCUGCGCCAUUCUCAGGCCUAAGGAGAAUCCUCAGCACAAGCUCGGUGAUUUCCGGAAGCUCUGGGGCUUCCGAGAGGCCACCCGGGACCUGGAAAGCUUGGCGGUGCCCCUGAAGCGGGACUUCUCGUCUUAGGAGAACCACGCUUUGGGUCCUUGCCACUCAUCCUUCAUGCCCUCGCGGCUGCUUGCCGCCAGCUUUGAGACCACCCCUGCUGCUGCCCUGUGGCAGUGACCCAGGCCCUGGGGAGAGCAAACGGGUCCCAGACGGAUGGCUUAGGAGG